AUGUGCUCAAUCCUGCGCACAUACACCUUGUUAGUCAAUCCCAUUCUGAGAGGAGAUCGGGAUAAGGAUGAUAUCCGCACCCAUGAACAGAAUACUGGUUCUGAUGAAGAGUACGCCAGCGAAGCCACCAUCAACAGUCAACAAGUGGCCUCCCUCAGUACCAAGAAGGCACUAUGGGCAUACCUAAUUCUCUGCUUUUCUACCGGCCCGACUAGCUCAAUGGCUUUCAAUUAUGUCUCGGCGGCAAUCCAGUCUGCAGCGAACACCGUUGGCCAUCAGCCGGGAUCAGACAAACCCUGCGCUCGCCGAGGGCAUAUCAAAUGCUUGGUGAAGUUCGGCGCAGGAGAAAUUGACUAUGUCAGCUAUGUGUAUGCUUUUCACCGUAAUCUUUGGGGAAGUGCCACUGACCAAACCAGGCUCUACCUACGCUCGAUUGGUCGCGCCAUGGAAGGCGUUGUCACUAUCAUGACUGCUGGCGUAGCAGAUUACUCGCGAUAUCGAAAAACUAUGAUGUUGUGCUCAAUUCUCCUAUUUGGCGCACUGGCGCUGCCGUUCGCCGGUCUAACAAAGGCCGACUAUAGCCACCUCAAUGCGCUCGCGACCUUGUAUUGCUUGCUCACUACCGUACAAGGCGUAUAUACCGUUAUUGAGGCAUCGUACAUCCCAAUUUUCAUGCGCUCGGUGGGUGGUUUGCACUCUGCAUCUCCAGCAGCCGAUCCGGACACAAAGCGUACAUGGAAAAAGGGUUUCACUGUGAGUGUUCUGGCAUUGGUUGCAAGCAAUGUAGGAGGUAUUGUUUCCUUGCUCAUUGGUAUCAUCCUCGUUUACGGGAUCGGGUCAUAUGCGCAAGUGGGCUACUUCAGUUACCUCCUCGCCAUUACAAUUGCCGGCUGCAUUACGAUUGUCUUCGCGACCAUUGGUCAAUUCAUGCUCCCCUCGGUGCCGGGUCAAGAGCGGCCCAAGGGUCAGAAUCUUUUGCUCCUCGCCGUGAAAGGGUGGAUACGCAUGAUUGGGUCUGCACGUCAGUAUCCCGAAGCAUUCAAGUUCUGCAUUGGCUGGAUCCUGUGGAACACUGGCUACUCCAACUUCCUCGGCUUGACUCAGUCGCUCUUCCUUGAGGUCACCGGCAUCGCGAGAGGCUCGGGCGUCUAUCACGUUUGGUCCUUUACCAACGUGAUCUUCGCCUGCAUGGGUAGCUUAAGCUUUUUGUUUCUCUAUCCACAUGUCCGUGUCCCGAUCAAAAGCUGGGCCUAUUUCUUCUUGAGCGUCAACUUCCUGUGCGUUCUGUGGGGAUGCAUUGGGAUCAGCAACCACGUCACGAUCGGGUAUAAGCAUGCCGCCGAGUUCUGGGUGGAACAGGUCCUCUUCAUGAGCACCAGUAGCGCGCUGCGAUCCUAUAACAGGACGGUCUUUGCGUCGCUCAUCCCCUGUGGGUCUGAGGCACAGUUUUUUGGUCUCGAGAUCACGCUGGAUCUUGCCACUGGAUGGAUUAAUCCCCUUGUCCAGGGCGUGAUCCAAGAUCAUACGCAUAAUCUGCGGUUUCCCAUGAUCCCUAACGUGUUACUUAUUUUCCUUGCGGGCUUGCUGUACAUCUGGGUGGACAUUCCGAAGGGUAUCGAAGAUGCGAAGGUGCCAUUGAGCGAGGCUAGAGCAGGCAACUAA